AUGUUGAAAGGAAAUCUAGGGUAUCCACGCGUUGGCGUUCAGCGUCAAUUGAAGAAGGCCUGUGAACAAUACUGGUCUAGUAAAAUUUCUCAUGAUGAGUUAAUGAAGGUUGCUAUCAAUGUCGAAGAAGAAGGAUGGCAAACACAAGCAAAGGCUCACAUUGAUUUGAUUCCAAUCAAUGACUUCAGCCUCUAUGAUCAAGUUCUCGACAUGGUGCUCCUUCUUGGGGCAAUUCCGCAUCGGUACAAACCUUUAAUGGCAACACUGCGAGGUUCAAAGGACCUCGAUCUCGAAGCACCAGCCGAUUCCGCCUCAACCGAUCUUUAUUUCGCGAUGGCACGCGGAUAUCAAAAGAAUGGUUUAGACAUCACGCCAAUGGAGAUGACCAAGUGGUUUGAUACCAACUACCAUUAUAUCGUCCCGGAGUUCACUGCAUCGCAAUCAUUUCAGAUUUUUUCUAAUCACGUUCUUCGGGCAUUCAGUAGAGCGAAGGAACUCAAUCUGGGAGGAGCCACUCCCAAGCCUGUUUUAAUCGGCCCCUUGUCAUUCCUUCUCUUGGGAAAGGAGAAGGAGGAAGGGUUUGAUCGGUUAGAUUUGGUUUCAAAACUGGUUCCAGUUUACAUCCAGAUUCUGAUGGAAUUGCAAAAACGCGGAGCCGUCUGGGUUCAGCUUGAUGAACCUUAUCUUGCACUCGAUCUCAACGCGAAAGCCAAACAGUUAUUCAAUCAAGUGUACAGCGAGAUUCAUUCGAAAGUUCCAGAACUGAAAAUUUUGAUUGCGACUUACUUUGAUGGACUUGCUGAUAAUUCGGCGACUGCGUUGAGCCUCCCAGUUACAGCACUUCAUCUUGACUUGGUGCGUUCUCCCCAACAACUUGACGCUGUUCUUGUCCUAAUUCAACAAGCUCCCCAAACUUCUCCAGCACGAAAUGUAAUUCUGUCUCUCGGUGUGAUCGACGGGCGAAAUGUUUGGAAGAAUGAUUACAAAAAAUCAUGUGAAUUGCUUCAAAAAGCUGUUGCUGUUGUGGGAAAAGAAAGAAUCGUGAUCUCGCCUUCAUGCUCUCUGUUUCACGUGCCAUUUGAUCUCGAUUUCGAAACUGACAUUCCAAAAGAGACGAAGGGAUGGAUGGCAUUUGCAAAACAGAAGCUACUGGAAAUUUCAGAUCUUCAUGACAUUAUUAGCGGAAACGAAGAAGCACUUCAUGAAAAUCGGAAAGCCAUUGAAUCGCGCAAUCGCUCCGAAAUCGUGCACAAUCCACUUGUGAAGAAGAGGGUUGUUGAGAUUGGUCCUGGUGAUGCUGUGAGAAAGAGCCCAUUCUCAGUUCGCCAAAAACUCCAGCGGGAGAGGUUUAGUCUUCCACACUUCCCUACAACAACUAUCGGAUCGUUCCCCCAAACAACAGAUAUUCGUCAACUAAGAGCGAAACUUCGAAAGGGAGAGUUAACACAAGAACAAUACGAAGCAGCUAUUGAAAAAGCAACAACUGAUGUGAUUCGUUGGCAGGAGGAAUUGGGACUUGAUGUUUUAGUUCAUGGCGAAUUUGAGCGGAAUGACAUGGUGGAGUACUUCGGUGAAGCACUCAACGGUUUCCUUUUCACAAAAAAUGGAUGGGUGACUUCAUACGGGUCUCGAUGUGUGAAGCCGCCAGUGAUUUAUGGAGAUGUGCAUCGGCCGAACGACAUGACUGUACGAUGGAGCGCAUAUGCUCAAUUGCAGACAACAAAGUUGAUGAAGGGAAUGCUUACAGGACCAGUAACGAUUCUUCAAUGGUCUUUCGUCCGCGAUGAUCAGCCACGAUCCAAUACAGCACUUCAAAUUGCUCUUGCAAUUCGCGAUGAAGUCAUUGCAUUAGAAUCUGCUGGAUUGAAAGUCAUUCAGAUCGAUGAGCCUGCAAUUCGAGAAGGACUUCCAUUACGACAGCGAGAUUGGGAACAGUAUCUCGAUUGGGCUGUGAAGGCAUUCAGAAUUGCAUCAUCGGGUGUGCUUGAUACAACACAAAUUCACACCCACAUGUGUUACAGCGAAUUCAAUGACAUCAUCGAACACAUAGCUUCGAUGGAUGCUGAUGUCAUUACAAUCGAAAAUUCAAGAUCGCAGAUGGAAUUGCUUCAAGCCUUCGCGCAAUUCAAAUAUCCGAAUGAAAUUGGACCAGGCGUUUACGACAUUCAUUCUCCUCGCGUUCCUUCUAUUGAUGAAAUUUUAGAACUACUCACAAGAGCCUCUGCGAUUCUUCCGCCGGAGAAUAUUUGGGUGAAUCCUGACUGUGGAUUAAAAACAAGAUCUUGGGAAGAAACAAAAGCCUCCCUCUCCAAUAUGGUGGAAGCCGCGCGCCGUGCAAGAAAUUUCUUGAUCAAGGGAACGGGCGCAUGA